UGAUGAUGAAGUAUCUCCACACACGCCACCAAACUAGUCUCCUCACAACCUCAGCUACCACCCUUCUUCACUCUGUCUGUAUUUCUUCUUUCCAUCAUUCUUUCAUUCUCUCUCCCUUAUUAAUAACCCCACCUCUUAUCCACAAUAUCCUUUCAAUCUUCCACACACUCACCUAGCUUACAUAAUUUAUUUUUCACACAAUAAUUAAAACAAAAUUAUAUAUUAUAUAUAUCAUUUUUAAUAUUCUAGCAUAUUUACCACAAAUUAAUGGAGGAGUCUGGAGAAAAUUGGCCUUUUGAGUCUGAUUUGGUAAUUGGUGAUGAUGUAAUUUUUGAAGAUGGAGAUCAAUCUGAAUCUGUGUGUGGUGAUAGAGAGAUUAAGGAGAAAUUGAUGGCACUUUCAGCCACCAUAGGCUUAAACAAGAUGGACGACACUACAAUCCUAGACAAAGCUAAAGACUAUGUGGAAAACCUUCAAGAACGUGUGAAAGAGCUAGAACAAGAAAGUGGAUCCAACAUCAACAUGUGUAACAACAAAAGGACACAAAAUGUGAACUCAAAUGAAUACAGUUGUGGAACAGAUGACAAUCUUCCCGUGGUCCAAGCAAAAGUGUUACAAAGGGAAGUUCUUGUCAUGAUCCAUUGUGAGAAACAAAAUGGUGUCAUACUCAAAAUAUUGACCCACCUUGAAAAUCUUCAUCUUUCAGUAGUUAAUAGUAGUGUCCUGCAAUUUGGAAAAUCCAACCUUAACAUCACCAUUGUUGCGCAGAUGGGUGAUGGAUACAAGAUUACAGUGGAUGAAUUAGUGAAAACCCUAAGAUUAGUGAUCUCAACACAAUAGCAUGUGCUAUAGUUACGUAUGAAACAAGUCAUGUAGUACUACUAGUAGUUGUAAGUAAUUCUGUUAAUUAAAUUGCAGUUCAAGUUGGGGUAUCUCAUUCAUUAUACGUGUAGAUCCAUUUUAAUCUUAAUUAAACUGCAAGAAUUAACUGUUGCAUGUUGUCUUAUUCAGAAAGUGCCACCACAAUUUGGGGGAGAACUUCAUAUAUAUAUUGUACUAGUAGUAGUGGUAUGAGUAAAAAAUUACAUUGUACUUUCUCUCUGAGAAAUUCUUAUUAAUUUCUUAUUUAUGCAUUGUAUUUUUUUAUAUA